GCCCAGCGACAUCUUUGUCAGGGAGCAAAAUGGCGUCCUACUGUAUGACUGUCAGUAGAUUAAGGCUUGUCCUGGGUGAUGGGGCCAGACGACUUCAUGUCUCUGCUGCCCUCAGUGCAAAAGCGAAAGUGGCGAUGAGCCGCUUUGAGGCCGGCUCUGCCGUCAACUAUGGGAAGCUGCUCGACAACAUCAGCAUCGUACGCAAGAGACUGAACCGCCCCCUCACUCUGUCUGAGAAGAUUGUGUAUGGUCACCUUGAUGACCCGGUGGGUCAGGAGAUCGCUCGAGGCCGUACGUACUUGCGUUUAAGGCCUGACCGGGUGGCCAUGCAGGACGCCACAGCACAGAUGGCCAUGCUGCAGUUCAUCAGCAGUGGACUCCCCAGAGUGGCCGUGCCCUCCACCAUUCACUGUGACCACUUGAUAGAGGCCCAGAUUGGUGGAGUUCAGGACCUUCAGAGAGCCAAGGAAGUGAAUCAGGAAGUCUAUAACUUCCUGGCUACAGCUGCAGCCAAAUACGGUGUUGGCUUCUGGAAACCAGGAUCAGGAAUCAUUCACCAGAUUAUCCUGGAAAAUUAUGCGUACCCUGGAGUGAUGCUGAUUGGCACAGACUCACACACACCCAACGGUGGCGGUCUUGGGGCCAUCUGCAUUGGAGUGGGAGGAGCUGACGCCGUGGAUGUCAUGGCAGGAAUUCCAUGGGAGCUGAAAUGUCCCAAUGUGAUUGGGGUGAAGUUGACAGGCAGUCUUUCUGGUUGGACGUCUCCUAAGGAUGUCAUUCUGAAAGUUGCGGGCAUUCUGACUGUGAAAGGAGGUACAGGUGCUAUCGUGGAAUACCAUGGACCUGGAGUCGACUCCAUCUCCUGCACAGGCAUGGCAACUAUCUGUAAUAUGGGAGCUGAGAUUGGAGCCACAACAUCCGUGUUCCCUUACAACCACCGCAUGAAGACCUAUCUGGAGAAAACCGGACGCAAAGAGAUUGCUGAGCUGGCUGAUGAGUAUAAAGACUGUUUGGUUCCUGACUCAGGCUGCCACUAUGACCAGCUUAUUGAGAUCAACCUGAGUGAGCUAAAACCUCACAUCAAUGGACCCUUCACUCCUGACCUGGCUCAUCCAGUGUCUGAAGUUGGAGCUACAGCUCAGAAGAAUGGCUGGCCAGUCGACAUCAAAGUGGGUCUGAUUGGUAGCUGCACAAACUCCAGCUAUGAGGACAUGGGCCGUGCAGCCUCACUGGCUAAACAGGCUCUGGAUCGUGGCCUGAAAUGCAAAGCCCAGUUCACUGUCACCCCUGGAUCAGAACAGAUCAGAGCCACCAUUGAGAGAGAUGGAUAUGCUAAGGUCCUAAGGGAUGUGGGCGGUGUGGUUCUGGCUAAUGCGUGUGGACCGUGCAUUGGGCAGUGGGACAGACGUGAUGUGAAGAAAGGUGAAAAGAACACCAUUGUUACCUCCUUCAACAGAAACUUCACUGCCAGGAACGAUGCAAAUCCAGCCACUCACGCUUUCGUCACCUCACCUGAGAUCGUCACUGCUCUGGCGAUAGCAGGCACUCUGAACUUUAACCCGGAGACAGAUUACCUGACUGAUUCUAAAGGAGAGAAAUUUAAGCUGGUGCCCCCUACGGGUGACGAGCUGCCAUCACGAGACUUCGACCCUGGAGAGGACACAUACCAGCACCCACCCACAGAGGGGGGGUCAGUCAGAGUGGAUGUGAAUCCGCAGAGCAACAGACUGCAGCUGCUCGAGCCCUUCCUGAAAUGGGAUGGUAAAGACCUGGAGGACUUGCAGGUGUUGAUUAAGGUGAAGGGGAAGUGUACUACAGAUCACAUUAGUGCUGCUGGGCCAUGGCUGAAGUUCCGUGGUCACCUUGACAACAUCUCCAACAACCUGCUGAUUGGUGCGGUGAAUAUCGAGAAUGAUGCUGUCAACAAGAUCAAGAACCAGCUGACUGGAGAGUACGGUGGUGUGCCAGAUGUGGCUCGUUUCUAUAAGGCUAACGAUGUGCAGUGGGUGGUUGUGGGAGAUGAGAAUUACGGUGAGGGCUCCAGCAGAGAGCAUGCUGCUCUAGAGCCACGACACCUGGGAGGAAGAGCCAUCAUCGUCAAGAGCUUUGCCAGAAUCCAUGAGACUAACCUUAAGAAGCAGGGCCUACUGCCUUUGACCUUUUCAGACCCUCGGGACUAUGACAAGAUCCGCCCUGAUGACAAGAUUUCCAUCAUUGGUCUGAAGUCCUUCGCCCCAGGCAAGCCUCUGACAGCAGUGCUGAAACACUCUGAUGGCAGUUCAGAAAGCGUUGUGCUCAACCACACCUUCAACGAGACGCAAAUUGAGUGGUUCCAGGCUGGCUCCGCCCUCAACAGGAUGAAGGAGCUCCAGAAGUGAACAGCAGGCGGAGCCAGGACAGGAGUUGGAGAUGGGUGGGGUCAUGUAAAUGAUGGGGAGAAAAUGCACAUUCAGCGGAUAGUUUGUAAUCAACUAGGCUAGUAGUGGAUUACCCACAAACCCAUUAUAGAGCACAGUCUACACCUCACUCAUACAUACACACACAUACACAUAUAACAGGUCGCUGUACAGAUUGAACGCGCACACCAGACACACCACACACACACUCCCUCAGGAUUACUGUAUUGUGCAGACAAGGCAGGCGCACACACACAUACGCAUGCGUGCUUUUUUGUUUUUUGUUUUUUUUAAUGUAUUAACUGAACCUUGUCCACACCAUGUCUGUCUAGCACUUCUUAUUUUCAUAGUGACCACACUGUCAUUGUGUUACUGUAGCUGGUGUAUAGACACUCCCACAACUCAGUCUUUUCUCUCUCACAUCACUCUUCACUCCUUUAGCCGUCCUGUGAAAAUAGCUGCUUCCGCGUUGGUGAAUCCGCUUUUGGCUGCUUCUGCCUGUGGCCUGGACCUGUAUCUAAAAUGAAUGUUAGGCUGAAUCUCUUGUGUAGUGCAAUAUGUAGGUCACCUAUUUAGUGUGUUAUGUGUUUUUAAGCUAUAGUUUCACGACUAUAGCACUCUCCAGGGAGUAGGGAGCUAUUAUAAUGUUCUCUAGAUUUCUGAGUAGUGAGGCCAGAUGUGAUAUUGUAAUGAAAAUACACGUCUGGUAACAACAAGUCAUUAAAUGUUUGGUGCUGGAUUGCAGUGAAAUUCGGCACUAGCAAGGAUACACUCCCUCCAAAGCCUCCCCAAAUUCCUCGAGUCUGUUUAGCUAAAACGCUAAGCUAUUGGAAUUGCUUUUCCUGAACACAGGUGCCAAUUCUCUGCACAUCAUAAUUAUUCUGGCUGUAUGGCUGUAAAUGUAAAUGGCAGAGGCUGCAAACAGCUGCUAGUAAACCACUGUUCACUUUUGCCACCAUUCCAGUAGCAUCUUUUAAAGCUAAAGUAUAAUCUGAUAACUGUUUUUCUCUUGCAAGAGGUAAUGUUUAUUUUUACUGCAUGUAAUGUGUUAGCCUCACAUCUGGAGUUUUUUUGGUGGGACUUUUCAGCCAUGCCUAACAUCCUUGGCCUAACGACAGCCUUGUUGUCAGAGUGCACCAUCACCCUCUAUGAUGUUGGAUUGGUUUCAAAAUUACACACUCCGCUUGUUCCCUCCCUAAUAAGUAAACAUUUCCACCUACAUUUAGCCCAGAACUUCUCAUUUUUAUCCUUAGACGUUGACUUCUAGGGCCACAAGACUGCUGAAUUGGUUACUGAUUUGAAUGUUACACUGAAAACACUUCCAAAAAUAGAGCUCUUCUAAAAUUCUGGAUUACUUGAUCAGGGAGGCAACUUCUGUAUAAAGUGGUCUUGAGCUGAGUGGAUUUCCCCCCCAGCUAAUCUCAGAGCUGUCUUUGGUAGAUGCCAGAGUUAACUCACUAACCCACGAGUAAAACUUUGCACCAGUAUAGAUCACCGAAUUGGCACUCCAUCUAGAGAAGAUGCAGGUUAGAUUUGCCUCAGUUGUAGUCACUGCUUGUGUGGCAAACCUAGCAUUCAGAGUGAAGGCUGAAUUGGAUGAGAGCUACUCCAUAAUGAAUGCUAAUUAUUUUUGCUAAUGAUUUCUGCGUUGGAAAUGGCCUGUUUUACCACUCCAUUCCUGUAGUACUGUUGUGUGAUCACUCCAUGAGUCUCAGAUCAUCUUUAGAAACUGUUUUCUCAGCUUGUGUGUGUGCAGCCUUGUCCUCCAGCUUGUCAUGUUGAUGACCCCACUCUCUGUGCUGACUCACUUCCUGUCUUCACUGGUUACCAUCUUGUCUUGUUCUAAGAAACCAAACGUACAACAGCGGUCUGUAGGCUGUGUUUUAACACAUGGCCUAUCACACAUACACAACUUUAUGAGUCACUCCUUAUCAAUAGCUAAUUUACAGUUGUUUAAGUCUCUAUUACAAGCUUUUACUGCUAGCAAAAUGACUACAUCUUUAAAACUUGAAGAAUCAGUAGUGGUUUGCCUGAAUGUGAUCAUAUUUAGUAAGAUGUAAGUGAAGGGUGAAGUUUUUGAAUGGCUGUUGAAGAGAACUGCAGCUGAAUGUCAGUCAGAUUAAAAGGUAAUUCCACUGAUUUUUCAACAUUGGUUAAAGUCUGGAUUUUUGUAAUGAGUUAAAAUUUUCUUGUAUAAAACUCGAUAUCAGUCAUUUCAGUUUAAAAUGUUAAAAAAAAUCCCAGAGUCUCAAAACAAGCAUGUACACAUACAAAUAGUCUGAGAACAUUCAUUGAUGUUAUUAGAUUGUAAUGGCGUACUUUAAGUGCGAAUGUGGAAAGCACUUGUGGAUUGACUAAUUUAACUUAUAUUUUUCAGAGCCUGUGGUUUAGUUUUCAGGACCCACUUUAAAGUGUUGAGCUACAUUUUAAGUGAAGGUUUCCUUCUGAAAAAUUGGUUUUAGUCUUGGACUAGGCUGGAAACCCAGAUCCUGAUAUUCUAAAGUUGUAAAUAGCUUGUUUGAAGUGCUUUUCGAUUGGGAUAAAAAGGGAGAACCUAGUUCUGUAAGAUUCAACAGAAUGGCUGUGCACCUUUUGAUUUCCCAUCGUUUAUGAACUGUAUCUUUAAUUUCAUGAGAUUGAGAUGUAUUAUUAUACAGGGUGAGCUUGUUAUUGUUCUUGUAGUAAACUCAUUCGAUGCUGACUGCUUGAGAUCUAAGCCUCGGUUUCUUUCCUCUGUUUCCUGCAUUAACCUCCAACAAUACAACUAGAAUCAAGCAUAAAAACAAGCAUUAUAGUCUGUUGUAGCUUUAGAAUAACAGGUUUGCUCUGUGAAGUGUUCAGAAUUAUGUGCAGUUCUCGCUCACUGAGCCAAACUGCUGCAAACCGCCCUGUCCUGACCAGGCUUGUGGUCAGCACCUGUGAAAUGACUUGCCAGCUGUACGAUGUUAUUAAAAACCCACAUCUGUGUGCCAGUGAUGUAAUGUGCUUUAGACCUGUAAUAGCGACUGAAAUUUUACUGUACACUCACAAGUGCACAUGCAUUGUCAACUGAACUGACCUGUUAUUGAUAUCAUUUCCUAACAUCUGGUAUCUCAUCUACAUCCAAGAAUUUGUCAAGAUCUGUCUCCAUGUCUCUUUCUGGUUUUAAUAUUGAUUUUUUUUUUUUUUCUCUAGAAGGAUGUGAUUUGAAAGCUUGCAGUUUUAUUGCUGGCAGAGGUGUUGAUGAAGGAGUCUAGAGAAUUUCCUAAAUUAAUCACAAUAAAAUAUUUCAGAUGAUGGUAA